GUGGGGCCGCGAGGACUCGCACGACGUUUGCGCGUUCACGACAGUGCACGCGAGCCGCUGUGUUGACGGACCCGACAGUGUGCAGGAGAGGCAACAUGUCUGCUACAGACGCCGUGCAGCAAAACAACAAUGAAGAACCAGGCCUAAACGGGUCCUGGGUGGAGUUGGAAUUGAAUGGGAACAUGGCAUCUGGGAGUCAGCAGCUGAUCCCAAGCCUAGCUGCCUCUGUGGCCAAUAGGAACCAGGGUGAGACUGAGCCACCACAAUCCCUACAGGCUGUACAAGAAGCACAGGAGGAGAGCCCGGCUGGAGGACUUGAGCAUGUCCCCUCAUCCUCCUCCAUCCAUAAUGGAGACAUGGAAAAGAUCCUGCUGGAUGCUCAGCAUGAGUCCAGCCCCAGUGGGUCCUCCUGUAAUAGUCCUCCCAGACCCCACAGUCCUGAGCAUGAUGAAGGCCUGAUCACUUUCGAUGUGGAGAUGCCGAGUGAGAAAGAUUGUCAGUCGGAGGAUGACAGUCUGGAGAAGGACAAAGAGGACGAUAGCCUCAUAAAAGGGGAGAGCUGGGUGGCAGACUGGUCCAGUCGACCUGAAAAUAUUCCUCCCAAGGAGUUCCAGUUUCGGCAUCCAAAACGCUCCGGUCCUGUUUCUCUGAGUAUGAGAAAGACAGGUGCUAUGAAGAAAGGUGGAGUGUUCUCAGCCGAAUUUCUCAAAGUGUUUAUUCCCUCUCUUCUGCUCUCUCACAUCCUCGCCCUGGGAUUGGGGGUCUAUAUUGGGAAGAGGAUGAGCACACCGUCUACCAGCUCAUUUUAAACCCAAACAAAUAUCAGUGCCUGAAAUUUCCAUAAGACGCAGUGGUGGCAAAGUUGUGUCCAAAUAUCUCUAACUUUGACUGUAUGUUAGACUGUCUUACUCAUUUUUCCCAUCUUCUCAGCUGUCAUGCUGAAAUUUAUCAUGACCUGUUACCAGAAAAUGCUGGGCAGUUUAUUUGCUGCCUUCAUCUUGAGUUAAUAUUUGCUUGCCCUCUAACACUGUGUUCAACAGAUUGGUUUUAGGUGUUUCAUCUUCCUUAUUUUAUGUUGUUGUUAAUUAAAAGCAAAGCUUUUGCCCUUUUAUGCUGGUAUGUAAGGCAAACGGAAGAUACAUUUGUGAUGCCCAAAACUUGUACAACCACCAGCACAUUACCAAGCUAUUACUUCUUACUAUGUUGCAGGUGCAAUAGUGUUAUUAUGUUUAGCUGUAUAGAAAAAUGGCUGAUGUGCAUUUGGAUGUAGAAUAUUUAGUUUUCUGAUCCCCUUUAGUUUCCCAUUAAACGCAUUUAGAUAGAGAGAUUCUGUUUUAUGAAGCCAACCAAUUUACUUGUGCCAUCUUUGAAGAAAGUCCACUUCCAGCAUUUUCUAUUAUUCCAGUUCUAGUACUGUGGUCUUAAAUAAUUUUUUUAAUUUAAUCUUUCCAGCAAUGCUGUUUCUUGAAAGAAAGAUGAAAAGACACUCUUUUGUUACCGUUGUAAUUUCUGACGGCACCUCUAACGCACCUUAAAGAUUGAAAUAUGGCGGAAAGGUUUUGAAUAGACUGUUAAUAGCACAUACUUGAACAUUUUAGUUUCAUAGAAAGCUACCUGCCUUACACAGCCUUGUGGUUUUUUUUUUUUUGUUUGUUUUUUUUUUUUGAUUGAUUGAUUGAUUAUCAAGAUGUGUCCCUUGUUUGGUAGGUACCAAUCCCUGAUUUCUCAAUCUAUAACCAUUUUCAAAAAUCUGUUUUUGGUAAAUGGUUUUGGAAUAAAUAGAAUAAUAAGGAGAGACCUUGAGUAUGUGGGAGUACACACUGGAAAAAAAUAUUUCCUCUUAUUGUAUAAAACAUUUUCUACAUUAUGUUAAAGAAUCCUUCCAGACCUAAAAAAAAUUGGCAGUGAAAAUGAGUAGCCUUAUGUUCCAAAUAUAAACAGAGGUUUCAGGUAAAGGUUAUAGAUGAUAGACUGAUUAUGGUAGCACUCAGUGGAACAUGUGCAUGCUUCCUAAUUUGAAGAGAGGUUACACUGCAGUGAUUACUACAUGCACACUCAAUUGCCAUGAUGCAUAUCAUUCUUUUAUGGACCAGGCUAACAGAAACAACAUACUAUGCUUCUGAGUGCCAAAGGGUCUCCACUGUGAUGUUUACAUCUGUAAGACCCAACACUGACGCAUUCUAUAGUAAAUCUAGAUCUAAAGGUAGAUGUAGCUCUAUCUAAACUCUUUUAUGAGUGCUGUUCUGAUGCACACUCCAUGCAUUACAAAAUGGCAUGAAGACAUGACACAUUUUAUUGUAACUGUGUAAUCAUGUAAUUUAGAUUUGUGAAGUGUGAAAAAUUUCUGUUGUUAUUCGUGAUAUAAUAAUGUGAAGUAGGAACAUUUCAUUUUUCCUUAAUCUUAUUUCAGUGUUCAAAGGUACAAAGGUAGUGUGAUAUUUUCCUUUAAAUACUAUAGUAUCAAUGGAAUUAUCAUCUUUAUGGUUCUUAAAAUUUAACCUAACCAAGAUUUAUUAAGAAGAUGCUUAAAACUUUAUUGACACCCAUGACAUGGAAUUUGGCCUUUUGAGAGGGACAGCUCUGGGGAAUAGAGACAUCACGUAUUAUUAUGGGUAGAUUUACACAGAUUAAAUCUUACCCCUGACAUUUUUGCCAUAUCCUGAGCCUUUAAAAACAACCAUUAAAAAAAAUUUUUUUUGUUUUUAUAAAAUGCCUAAAGAUUUAGUAUGAAGCUAGUAUGUCCCAUAUUGCAUGAAUACAUUUUGAAAUUUAACAUCUGCUAUGAAGGAUGAGCUAUUCCAUGAGUGGGACAAAGAACUGUGAAUGAAAAAGUAGCAUGUUACAGCAAGAUAAACUAAGCCCACCCUGUCUGUAAAGGAUGGAUAUUCUAUAAUGUACAUUUUACUCAUAUUCUUUGGGAUUUGUUUGUUUUGAAUGUGUAAUUUUUUUUUCUUUUGCUUGUCUUUGUUUUUUGCUUUGAUCAUGAGAGAAUUAACUUGUUGUGUAGGGCAGGGCCCUCAUGGCUGGCAUUUUGUGGCUGUUUUUCCUGAGUUUUGGAAGUGAUUAAGCAGAAACAUAUGGUUUGUUUAAUGUUCACAUAUUGGAAGAAGAAAACUAACAUUAAAAAUCCCAAACAUCCGAA